CUCCCUCCUGUCCUCCUUGUGGUCGACCGGUGCGCUUGCCAGAUCCGCCGCGAAGCCGGGAUCGAAGGCAACAGCGCGGCCAAGGGGGCGCGGCCGGGACAAGCUGGGGGCCGGUUGCCCAGGGCAGGGACGGCGGCGACCCAGCCGCUGGGGAGGCGGGAAGAUAGACCCACGGAUCUUAAGAGGAGAUCCGAGAGCGCAGCUGUGAAACUGGCUGAGGCUGGGGGCACGAAACCGAUCAGCACUACGGAGCGCAGCGGCCGGCGGGUUCCAGUGUCCUCCGGCGGCGCGGGGAGCAGGUGAACAGGUCCUCACGCCCAGCUCCGCGCUCUCACGCGCUCUCGCCCGGACCCCGCUACCGCUCGCAGCCAUGGGCCCUGGCCCCAGCUGCGCGCCCCGCGCCCCACGCCUGAUGCUUUGCGCGUUGAUGGUGGCGGCCGGCGGCUGCGUCGUCUCCGCCUUCAACCUGGAUACCCGAUUCCUGGUAGUGAAGGAGGCCGGGAACCCGGGCAGCCUCUUCGGCUACUCGGUCGCCCUCCAUCGGCAGACAGAGCGGCAGCAGCGCUACCUGCUCCUGGCUGGUGCCCCCCGGGAGCUCGCUGUGCCUGAUGGCUACACCAACCGGACUGGUGCUGUGUACCUGUGCCCACUCACUGCCCACAAGGACGACUGUGAGCGGAUGAACAUCACAGUGAAAAGUGACCCUGGCCAUCACAUUAUUGAGGACAUGUGGCUUGGAGUGACUGUGGCCAGCCAGGGCCCUGCAGGCAGAGUCCUGGUCUGUGCCCACCGCUACACCCAGGUGCUGUGGUCGGGGUCAGAAGACCAGCGGCGCAUGGUGGGCAAGUGCUACGUGCGAGGCAAUGACCUAGAGCUGGACCCCAGUGACGACUGGCAGACCUACCACAACGAGAUGUGCAACAGCAACACUGACUACCUGGAGACGGGCAUGUGCCAGCUGGGCACCAGCGGUGGCUUCACCCAGAACACUGUGUACUUUGGCGCCCCCGGUGCCUACAACUGGAAAGGAAACAGCUACAUGAUUCAGCGUAAGGAGUGGGACUUAUCUGAGUAUAGUUACAAGGACCCAGAGGACCAAGGAAACCUCUAUAUUGGGUACACGGUGCAGGUAGGCAGCGCCAUCCUGCACCCCAAAAACAUCACCAUUGUGACAGGUGCCCCACGGCACCGACAUAUGGGCGCGGUCUUCUUGCUGAGCCAGGAGGCAGGCGGAGACCUGCGGAGGAGGCAGGUGCUGGAGGGCUCGCAGGUGGGCGCCUAUUUUGGCAGCGCCAUUGCCCUGGCAGACCUGAACAACGAUGGGUGGCAGGACCUCCUGGUGGGCGCCCCCUACUACUUUGAGAGGAAAGAGGAGGUAGGGGGUGCCGUCUAUGUCUUCAUGAACCAGGCGGGAACCUCCUUCCCUGCUCACCCCUCGCUCCUUCUUCAUGGCCCCAGUGGCUCCGCCUUCGGCUUAUCCGUGGCCAGCAUUGGUGACAUCAACCAGGAUGGAUUUCAGGAUAUUGCCGUGGGAGCUCCAUUUGAAGGCUUGGGCAAAGUGUACAUCUAUCAUAGUAGCUCUAAGGGGCUCCCCAGACAGCCCCAGCAGGUAAUCCACGGAGAGAAGCUGGGACUGCCUGGCUUGGCCACCUUCGGCUAUUCUCUCAGUGGGCAGAUGGAUGUGGAUGAGAACUUCUACCCAGACCUUCUAGUGGGAAGCCUGUCAGACCACAUUGUGCUGCUGCGGGCCCGGCCCGUCAUCAACAUCGUCCACAAGACCUUGGUGGCCAGGCCCGCUGUGCUGGACCCUGCACUUUGCACGGCCACCUCCUGUGUGCAAGUGGAGCUGUGCUUUGCUUACAACCAGAGUGCCGGGAACCCCAACUACAGGCGAAACAUCACCCUGGCCUACACUCUGGAGGCUGACAGGGACCGCCGCCCGCCCCGGCUCCGCUUUGCUGGCAGUGAGUCUGCUGUCUUCCACGGCUUCUUCUCCAUGCCCGAGAUGCGCUGCCAGAAGCUGGAGCUGCUCCUGAUGGACAACCUCCGUGACAAACUCCGGCCCAUCAUCAUCUCCAUGAACUACUCUUUACCUUUGCGGAUGCCCGAUCGCCCCCGGCUGGGGCUGAGGUCCCUGGACGCCUACCCGAUCCUCAACCAGGCACAGGCCCUGGAGAACCACACUGAGGUCCAGUUCCAGAAGGAGUGCGGGCCUGACAACAAGUGUGAGAGCAACUUGCAGAUGCGGGCAGCCUUCGUGUCUGAGCAGCAGCAGAAGCUGAGCAGGCUCCAGUACAGCAGAGACGUCCGGAAGCUGCUCCUGAGCAUCAACGUGACGAACACCCGGACCUCGGAGCACACCGGAGAGGACGCCCACGAGGCACUGCUCACCCUGGUGGUGCCUCCCGCUCUGCUGCUGUCCUCAGUGCGCCCUCCUGGGGCCUGCCAAGCUAAUGAGACCAUCUUUUGCGAGCUGGGGAACCCCUUCAAACGGAACCAGAGGAUGGAGCUGCUCAUCGCCUUUGAGGUCAUCGGGGUGACCCUGCACACAAGGGACCUUCAGGUGCAGCUGCAGCUCUCCACGUCAAGUCACCAGGACAACCUGUGGCCCAUGACCCUCACUCUGCUGGUGGACUAUACACUCCAGACCUCGCUUAGCAUGGUAAAUCACCGGCUACAAAGCUUCUUUGGGGGGACAGUGAUGGGCGAGUCUGGCAUGAAAACUGUGGAGGAUGUAGGAAGCCCCCUCAAGUACGAAUUCCAGGUGGGCCCAAUGGGGGAGGGGCUGGUGGGCCUGGGGACCCUGGUCCUAGGUCUGGAGUGGCCCUAUGAAGUCAGCAAUGGCAAGUGGCUGCUGUAUCCCACGGAGAUCACCAUCCAUGGCAAUGGGUCCUGGCCCUGCCAACCACCUGGAGACCUUGUCAACCCUCUCAACCUCACUCUUUCUGACCCUGGGGACAGGCUGUCAUCCCCACAGCGCAGGCGGCGACAGCUGGAUCCAGGGGGAGGCCAGGGUCCCCCACCUGUCACUCUGGCUGCUGCCAAAAAAGCCAAGUCUGAGACUGUGCUGACCUGUGCCACAGGGCGUGCCCGCUGUGUGUGGCUGGAGUGCCCCAUCCCUGAUGCCCCCGUUGUCACCAACGUGACUGUGAAGGCACGAGUGUGGAACAGCACCUUCAUUGAGGAUUACAGAGACUUUGACCGAGUCCGGGUAAAUGGCUGGGCUACCCUGUUCCUCCGAACCAGUAUCCCCACCAUCAACAUGGAGAACAAGACCACAUGGUUCUCCGUGGACAUUGACUCGGAGCUGGUGGAGGAGCUGCCGGCUGAGAUCGAGCUGUGGCUGGUGCUGGUGGCCGUGGGUGCGGGGCUGCUGCUUCUGGGGCUGAUCAUUCUGCUGCUGUGGAAGUGCGGCUUCUUCAAGCGAGCCCGCACUCGCGCCCUGUAUGAAGCUAAGAGGCAGAAGGCGGAGAUGAAGAGCCAGCCGUCAGAGACAGAGAGGCUGACCGACGACUACUGAGGGGGCAGCCCCCCAUCCCCGGCCCACCUGGUGUGACUUCUUUAAGAGGACCCGCUAUUACCAGAUCAUGCCCAAGUACCACGCGGUGCGGAUCCGGGAGGAGGAGCGCUACCCACCUCCAGGGAGCACCCUACCCACCAAGAAGCACUGGGUGACCAGCUGGCAGACUCGGGACCGAUACUACUGACAUCCUCCCUGAUCCCGCCCCCUCCUCCCCCAGUGUCCCCUUUUUUCCUAUUUAUCAUAAGUUAUGCCUCUGACAGUCCACAGGGGCCAUCGCCUUUGGCUGGCAGCGGCAGGCUUAGGCACAUACACCUCGUCAAGUGCACGCACAUACUGUCUGGCCCUGGGGAUCUCCCUGCAGGAGGGCCAGUGCUGUGGACCUUACGAGGCCGAGCACACUGCGGUCCUGUGCCCUAGACACACGUGGGGCCCACUGCUUGUGGACUGUGCUGGCACAUCAUGGAUGGUGCAUGGGCUCGCCGUGUCUCAGCCUCUGCCUGCGCCAAAACAAGCCAAAGAGCUUCCGGCCCGAGCCGGGAGGAAAAGGCCCCUGCAAUGGGGUGACACUUCCCCCUUUCACACUGGAUCCAUCUUGAGCCACAGUCACUGGAUUGACUUUGCUGUCAAAACUACUGACAGGGAGCAGUCCCCCGAGCCCCGGCUGGUGGGCCCCCACUGCCACCCAUGCCAGAGAGCCGGGGGUCCUGCCUAAGGUUGUCCAUGGGGGCAUGCUCUACCCAACAGCAAAGGAACUAGAAAGAAGGUCCCAGAACGGCUUUCGUUCCUGCAUCUCUCUGUGAAGCCUCUCUCCUUGGCCACAGACUGAACUCGCAGGGAGUGCAGUCGGAACGAACAAAGACAGGCAAAUGGCGAGGUAGCCUGGGCUCGCUGUGCUGGGACUGCCCUGGGGGCACGGCGGAUCCGCCACAGAGAGGAGGGGACCAAUUCUGGGCCAGACAGAUGUUGGGAGGAUACAGAGGAGAUGCCACUUCUGACUCACCACUACCAGCCAGCCUCAGAAGGCCCCAGAGAGACCCUACAAGACCACGGGGGGAGCGACGCGUGAAUGUAGAACAGGCAGCUGGCCAUGCACUGGGGUCCUAGAGGUGGAGUUCUUAGCUACCCUUGGCUUUCAGAGCCAGCCUGGCUCUGUCCCCUCCCCCAUGGGCUGUGUCCUAAGGCCCAUUUGAGAAGCUAAGGCUAGUUCCAGAAAACCUUUCCUGACCCCUGCCUGUUGGCAGGCCCACCCCCAGCCCCUUCCAUGGUACUGUAGCAGGGGAGUGCUCUCCCCCUCCUCGUGCCUUCUUUGUACAUAGGCUUCUCACGGCGACCAAUAAACAGCUCCCAGUUUGUAUGCA